AUCGAGAAUCGAUUGCUGAAGUGAUCUACUUUUACGAUUUAUAAAGCUAUUUAUCACGUAUUGGUUGUAGAAAUAAAAUUAGGAUGAGCUUAAAUGAUCUCUUUGUUCAAAUUUUACAUUCGGAGCAGAAAGCGAAGGAAAGGAAAACACUCCUAAACGAAGUUAAAAAUGAAAUAAAUGAAUUUCAUGAGCGGAUAAAAGAACUACAGGAAGAAUGUACCACAUCACAGGGUCAACUGGUUGUGAAGAUCCAUCAUCAGACAGAAGCAGAGCUAUCGUUGUCAUGGUUACAACACAGAGAGAACAUCCUUAAAGAUCAGUUGACACAGGUCAUGGAGAAUAGGGAUGCUUCUGCUGUCAAACUGGAAUCUCUGGAAGCAGUUCAGACCAAGAAGUAUGAGAAUUUCAUCCAAGAGAUAUCAGACUUCAACCAGACUCAUGAUCUGUGUGGACAGGGUACAGAACACAGGGAGACCAAAGCCAGACAAAGACUCUGUGAAUUAAAACAGCAGGAGAGCUGUCUGCUUGCAGAACUAUCUGACCAUCGAGACGCAGAAAUCAGGAGGAAUUUGCAAACGUCUCAGAAAAUGAAGCUCUUGGCUUUGAGGAAAAAACUACAAAACACAUCAGAAGAAUUGCACAUGGAUCUUGAAGAACAAAGUGUCGUUACCAAGAAGCUAAUUGAGGUCAAGAGUAAAGUGGCAGCUCAGCCUCAGGUUGAUCCGGAGUACUUGAGAAUGCGGAAAGAAUUGGAGGCGUGUCAUGACGAGGGGCUGGAAGGAAUGUGCCACGCCCUACAACAGGAGGUUGACCGACUCCAGAGAGAACACUGGCAGCGACAACUGCAGAGACAAACAAACCAGGCUCACGCUUCCUUCAUCCAAACAAACCAGGCUAACUCUUCAUCCAUUCAAACAAACCAGGCUAGCUCUUCCAGUUGUGCUGCCCAACCACAGAGUAAAAAAAACUUCCCAAGAAAAAAACAGCUCAAAACAACCACAAACUCCACAUCAGAGACAAGUAACUCAUGGAGUAGUUUCCGCAUUACACACUCGGCGCAACCAACACCAUUCACUGCUGGAGUUGACCAAGCUUCCAGCAGUCAGAGCCCUGAUUCACACACCCCUCUUGCGAGGGAUAGUUUGAAUCCCCACCAUGCCAUCCCAGCUGUGGUUGUGAAAAAGGAACCUUUACAAAUGGGAGGAAUCGAGCGGCCAAAUUUAGCCAAGCUCAGGAGAGAGAUCGAGAUCAACAAAAAAGAUGAAUCAAAGAUCAAGGUAAAUUAA